AUGCCGGCAAUGACAAACCCACAAUCUAGGGAGGUACUUGAAACUCCAAUCACAGUCCUGUUACUCGGCGACGCAGGGUGCGGCAAGUCGACUUUUCUAUCGGGACUUAAAAGUAUUAGGAACGGAAAGACAGGCAAUGAGCCAAUAGACAUCCUUCGUGACAGCGACCAACCGUUCGUUUAUGAGAUUAAUUUCUCCAAGAAAUCUUUCACGCUAGAGAUUUACGACACGGCGAGUCCGAAUCAGCAUUGGACGACGCUCCAACCGGACGUUGUGCUCCUCGCUUUUGAUAUUUCGAAUCGGGCGACGUUGGAUGGUUUGAAAAGGUGGCGGAGCGACAUCAUCCGCUACUUUCAGCGGGGAGAAGGCGAGCGCAUCCCCGUUAUGAUGAUGGGGUUGAAGAGGGAUUUGAGGAAGGAGGAGGAGGGUGCUAUAUAUCCGCAAGAGACGUAUAGAAUCGCGCAGGAGCUUCGCUGCGAUCGAUAUGCGGAAUGCUCAGCUGUUACCGGGGAGCUCAUGGCGCAGACAUUUGAGGACCUUGCGAGACUUGCCUACCAGACUACUACUGCUGCUGGCGGACAAACGGAGGGAGGGUGCCUCGUUAUCGCCUACGCCCGUGUGCUCUUACUACUCUUACGGUUUGCGAUGCAGUUUUAG